AGGCGACCCUCCACCUUGGCAGACAGCAGGGCUUCGGACAGAGAUUUCCCUUCAUUAACCAUCCUGAUUCGAAUUAAGUAGCCUGUGGCAGUUUAAGAAACAGUAGCUGAUCCAGAGGAAAGAAAAUAGUUCAGAGUCAGCCAAUCAGAGGACGCUUCUUUCAUAGCCACCACGAGCCGAAGAGUAUAAAUUGAGCAAGCACGCUCCGUUACAGCAUCAAUCCUUUCGGAUUAUCUUCAACUGCAGUUCUGCUAUCAUCUCCCUUGUGGAUUUAUACAUUACCAGCAUCAUGACUCUUGAGGAAGUUCUCAUCCAGGAGUCCAGCGAGAGAGCUCAGUGCACUGGAAAAGCGCUCGGGGAAGUUUUGGUUUCUGCCAAAGCCAACGAAUGCCUUACCAUUGGUGUUUACGAAUCUGCCAAAGUUAUGAAUGUCGACCCAGAUAGCGUGUCUUUCUGCGUCCUGGCGAUGGAUGAAGGAUUCGAGUGGGACAUCGCUCUUCAAAUCCACUUCACUCUUAUCCAAGCCUUCUGUUUCGACAACGACAUCAGCAUCGUCAGAGUGAACGACAUGCAGCGUCUUGUUGAGCUCGUUGGCGACAAGUCAGAACAACUUGAGGAUGCUCACUGCGUGCUCAUCACGAACCCAACUGAUGGUUCGUGGGAGGAUCCUGCUCUAGAAAAGCUUCACCUGUUCUGCGAAGAAAGUCGCAGUUAUAACGACUGGGUUCCUGAGAUCACCCUGCCCGAGCGUUGAUCUGCAACUUUACUCUUCUCUUCUGAGAUGCUGUAAACCUUGAGGAAUACUCUACGCAUCAUUCGAUUUAUGGAUGAUGAUGUUUCCACAUCCCUGGAUUCUCCUGAGGAGGAUAAUCGGUCCAGGCAGCGCGAGGCAGGCCCGAGUGGCUCUCGCGGUUCUACGUCGUUUCUCGUCCCGUCCAUGCCAAGAUGAUCCUCAUUCUUUAUGUAAAUGAGGUCAGGCAUGCCACGAGAGCGACACAAUGGCCCUCAUUCUUUGUGCGGAUGAGGUUUGGAGAGAAAGGAGGAGCGAGUUUUGCCUCUGUUCCACAGAGCAGAACUCGCAUGCGUUGGACACGCAGAGGACGCGGCGGUGCGUCGAAGCAACGUUUUUAAAAAUGGACUUUAACAUCACGGACGUUUUAAAAAUGUAAUUGUUGCACAAUAUGACGUACCUUAUUGUCGGCAAUGUGCUUUCCACUUUCCAGAAUUGUCUUAUUCUCUAAAGGUUUCACUUUAGAAAUAUUGUUAUGACAGAAAAAAGAAAAUGUAAAACUAAUUUAAAUCUUUUUAUUUCUAAAGGUUUAACUUUAGAAAUUUUCAAUACAAAAAAAUGAAGGAAAAAUAUUUAAAUGUGCUUUUAAAAUGUUUUCAUUGU